GGGGCCGAGCCCCAGGCGGAGCAGAACGCGGCAGCUCGGCGGCUGCGGCUUUCUUAGGCAGAGUUGUCUGCAAACAGAGAUGUUGGUGGAGCAGGCGGCAGCUCCUGUCCUUCUCUUGUUUCCCACUUACAGGGAGGAGCGCCCGGGCCCAGCAUGUAAAAGGGCCGCGCGCGCCGGGUGCCUCGUCGCCUCGGAGCCUUCCUCCGCCCGCACUCCUCCUCCUCCUCCUCACCGCCGGCACCGCAGCGCGAUGGCACGGCACGGCGCCGGGCAGCUCCUGCUGCUGGGGCUCAUGCCAGCUCUCCUCCUGGCCGUAAGGAUCAACAGCAAAGGCCGCGAGGUGCUGUACUUGGCCAAGGGCGACUCAGUGAAGCUGGGCUGCCCCUACGUCCUCGAGCCCGAGGACAACGGUCCCCAGGGCGUGGGCAUCGAGUGGAUCCAGAUCACGCCCGAGCGCACCGGCCCCGAGAACGUGUUCCUUUCCUACCACGACCACCACGUGAACUACGGCAGCGGCUCGGGGCUGCAGGACCGCGUGGCCUUCGUGCAGAACGACCCCGGGCAGCACGACGCCUCCAUCCGCCUGGCCGACCUGCAGGUCUCCGACACCGGCACCUACCAGUGCCGUGUCAAGAAGAACACCGUGGCCGUGCACGAGGUCAUCGUCACCGUGCAAGAGAAGCCGGCCGUCCCGCAGUGCUGGGCCGAAGGGGACCAGGCGCUGGGGGGCAGCGUCCUGCUGCGCUGCUACAGCCGAGGAGGGGCCGCGCCGCUCGCCUACCAGUGGGCCAAGCUGGCGGACGGCUACGGCGGGGGACGGCUGCCCCAAGGAACCAUCCAAG